CCCAGGGAGGUUGUGAUGGGUUGACAGGUGCGUGACAAUCGGAGCUCUCUGCAAGCAUGUACGCCAAAGGCAAGAGUAGCAACGUGCCGUCCGACAGCCAAGCCAGAGAAAAGCUAGCUCUGUAUGUUUAUGAGUAUCUGCUGCAUGUAGGAGCACAGAAGUCAGCACAGACCUUUCUCUCAGAGAUCCGAUGGGAGAAGAACAUCACAUUAGGAGAACCUCCGGGGUUCCUCCACUCAUGGUGGUGUGUUUUCUGGGACCUGUACUGUGCAGCUCCAGAGAGAAGAGACACAUGUGAACACUCCAGUGAGGCCAAGGCCUUUCAUGACUACAGUGCUGCAGCAGCUCCCAGCCCUGUCCUUGGGAACCUUCCCCCAGGAGAGGGCAUGCCAGUGGGGCCAGUCCCUCCAGGAUUCUUUCAGCCAUUUAUGUCACCUCGAUACCCCGGAGGACCCAGACCACCCCUCAGAUUACCCAAUCAGGGACUUGGAGGAGUCCCAGGAAGCCAGCCCAUGUUACCUAGUGGAAUGGACCCCACAAGACAGCAAGGACAUCCCAAUAUGGGAGGACCAAUGCAGCGGAUGACUCCACCUAGAGGCAUGGUACCGCUGGGGCCCCAGAACUAUGGAGGUGGAAUGAGACCACCACUGAAUGCCCUGGUUGGUCCUGGGAUGCCUGGCAUGAACAUGGGACCUGGUGGGGGUAGACCCUGGCCAAAUCCUCCAAACUCCAAUUCAACGCCUUACUCAUCUGCAUCUCCAGGAAGUUAUGUGGGACCUCCAGGAGGUGGAGGGCCACCUGGAACCCCAAUAAUGCCAAGUCCAGCAGAUUCAACCAACUCCGGCGACAACAUGUACACUAUGAUAAACACAGUCCCUCCAGGUGGAAGCCGACCAAAUUUCACUAUGGGUGCAGGAGGCGAUGGUCCAUUAGGGGGAAUGGCUGGAAUGGAGCCCCAUCACAUGAACGGAUCAUUAGGGUCAGGUGAUAUGGACAGCCUCCCUAAGAACUCUCCUGGUAACCUAAGUAUGAGUAACCAGCCAGGAACCCCCAGGGAGGAUGGAGAGAUGGGAGGAAACUUCCUUAACCCUUUUCAGAAUGAAAGUUAUUCUCCAAACAUGACAAUGAGCGUGUGAAGGCUUGGGAAGCAGGUUGGUCAGUCGCUCAGUAAGCUGGUGUGGAUCGGUGAAAAGCAGAGAGACUGGAUAUGAUGUCAUGUAGGCCAGUGACUCUUCCUCCACCACCACCUACCCAGUCAGGACAGUUGCCGCCAGGCUCCGUCCUUCUACUACCCCCCCACCCCUCACCCCAACCCUUCAUGGUUUCUGUCCGCGUCUCUUCUCUCCUGUUUCUUCUCCCGUUCUAAGUGGUGACUCUGCUACAUUCAUCAGUUCUUCCUCUGCAACUAUGAGACUGUACAAAGGAACCAAAUUGAAAAAACCCAGAGGAGAACUCUUUGUAUAUUUGCAUACGGUGUGUAUCAGACUGUGCAAACACUCCAGUCACAGACAGAUGUUUCUGCCUUUUGCAUCAUGUCAUGGAGUUCAUGGCCAAAAACAAAAGGCCAUUAUCCUAUUUAUCCUAAAGUUUAAAUUUCCAAGGAUUUAAAGAGAUAUAGACACUUUUUGAUUGAUGGUAUAGAUUUAAUCUAACUGGUUGUCACAUGGAGCAUCUUUUGUCUUUAUUGGACAAAUUACUUUGUCCAUUACUGGAAGAGAAUUGGAGAGACAUCACAAUCGAAUUAUCAUGAGGUUUUAAUUGAGGCUUGUGCAGAUAUUUGUAAAGUCUUUUCAACUUUUGUGGUUGUCUAAAUCUUUAAGACCACUAAAAUUGUGUUUUAUGUUUUAUGCUGUGGGUCUAGGAAUUUUUAUUUAAUUUCCAUCACAAACUCAGCCACAAAUGUGUAAAAUGUAAGAUCUUUCGCUCUGCCUCACCUUUAUUACGUUUGCAAGGCCUGUUGAGGCUUAUGAAGUGCAGAUCAAAGUCAGCAACAUCUAUUUAGACUUUAAUCAUAAUUUACAGAAAGGCUUCAGAACAACCUGAAAUAUUUGUAUUGAGCUUUAACCAUUGAAUGGUUACUGAGAAAAAAUAGCUUUGUUCAAGGUUUAAAAUGAGACUAUGUAACUUUUGAACAGUAGCCUCUGUUGCCACAAGUGACAAUUACGGGAUACUGGUAAAUGAUAAUGAUAAUGCUAAAACACAGUGCAACAGCAGCAAAAGUGGAGAAGAGUCAUAAAGUCCACGAAGUGGCUCAGUAAUGUCUAUUAUAGAGCAAUAUCUAAAGCUAAAGUUUGUAACAUUAGCUAACAUUUAGCAACCAAAAGUUACUGGUCAUACCAGACCAAUAAAGGCUGUAGAAGCAAAACCCCUGAUUGUAUUGACUUGAGCAAAGGUGCAUUUUAUUGUUUAUGAAUUCAACUUUCCAUUUGUAAGACAAAGAAUGUUUUAUUUCUUCUUUCAAAAGUUGCAAAGUCUCCCUUUAAAUCAUAUCAGAUCAGUCCUUAUGCUAACUGUAAUUUAUUUGGAGAGAGCAGUAAGGAUAACACUGGGCAAGAAGGUUUGCACAAAGGUUAAUACCCAAUAGCACUGUACAGACUGAAAGUUUGGCCACUUUGAUUUACAAGUAAGUGAUCUUUCUGCAUUCAACAGAUGACCUUUGUUGUGAUUCAGACUGUAGUGGUAUACAAAGACUCCUUUUGGAGGAUUUUACAUUCUGUUUACUGCACAAUCACAGGAAAAAGUUGAAGAUGGGGGCAGCAAAGAUAGUUGAUUUUUCUUAUGUAAAGAUGUUAUUUAAUUAGAGAGGACACUGAAUCUGCAGACAUAUAGUUUGCUGGUUUUGUUUGCUGAGGCCUCUCUAACCUCCAACUCUUUGAACCUGGAUCCAAAUGAUUUAUCAGUUUUCGUCACAGUUUACUGGACAUAAAAUAUUCAAAUGAGCAAGAGGGAGAAAUCAAAGAAAGAUUGACAGUAUGCAUGGUAAACAUUAAGACACAAGCUUGUAAAGUCACUUUGGUCACUCAUACAUUAUUGUCAUCCGGAUAAACUGUGAUCUCAGUGUGAUAUGAAAGGUUGAUUGGUACAGAAAGCUAAAAUAAGCUUGUUUUUAAUCAAUGUUUUAAACUUUUUUCACUGCCCAAGAUCUAUUAUCAUGAUAUAUAAAAGGUCAAUAUGCCUGUGAACAUUCUCCUUUCCCCUCCCUUACUGCAAAGUGUACAGCUCACAAAUGUAGCUCUUCUGUCUUGUAUGUGUAUUUGAUAUUAUUGAUAUUAUUUAAAGAACAAUCUGGAGAGAAUUAUCGCAAAUGGGAGCGAUGGACUGAUGAUGCACCAUCACAACUGAACUGAGAUUUUAUUUUGUUUUUUUGUUAGAUUGAAGCCAUAAGUGGGAGUACAAGAAGAUGCAUUUGUAAAUUGGAUCAUAUUUUCUGUUUUGUGGCAGUAUGUGGGACUCCAUUUGUGAUGUAUUGAUUUUCUCUUUUUUAUUCUUGUAUUAUGUUUUUGUAAAUACAGAGAAGUAUUUCAUGGGUUUUGAAUAUGCUGGUAUAAAGCUUCUCUUCCCUUAGUCAAAGUGUCAGUUCUCUUCAUUUGUGAGGACUGUGUGUAUAU